CACCCCAAAAACACUAUUCCAAACAAAGGUACAACUCUCACUCCACAGAGUACAACUCUCUUAACCACAUCCCUUCAUCCACAAGCCAUACUUGCUCUGUAAGGCACUCUUCUUCCCCCAUUAGUGUCAUCUGCAAUGCACUGAAAUUGACUCAACAUAACCUCCAAUUCUCUCUCACACACUCACAUUUCUCUCCGUUUUAACCUAAUUUCAAGCUUCAAAGGUUUAAUUCAACCAAAAUUGUUCACAAUUUUGUUGAAUUUUGUUAUAUAUUGUUGAUUUGUUGCUUCUGUUAUCGUUCAAAUGCGUGUAUUGUAUCCAGUUUUUACAAAAAAAAACUUUAAUUCGAACGGUUGCUGACGUCAUCAUUUAGCAGCAUUCAUUGAAGUUCAAUUGUCAGAUCUGAAACUGUAAAUUUAUCGUUACACGAUGAACGGUUUGUUGUUUAUGUGUUGCGAUUAGAAAUUUGUGAGUUGUGUUGGUUGUGGCGAUGAAUCGGAGUUUCCGGCAGCCGGAGAAAGCGAUGACGGUGCCGGUGAAGCAACGGCAGCCGCAAUUGAACGGAAGUUUUCGGAAUUCGGCGUUACGAGAUAAGGAAGAGGAGCUAGGGUUGUUUUUGGAGAUGAAGAAACGAGAGAAAGAACGUUGUGAUCUUCUGAUGAAGAAUGUUGAAGCAGAAUUUGAUUCAUCACAUGGAUCCAGAACAGGAAAUGUUUCUAUAUAUAGUAUGCCUUCUGCCACAACUGUUAGAAAAACUGGUGCUGAUGAGUUUCUCAACUCUGAAAAUGAUAAGAAUGAUUAUGAAUGGCUUUUGACACCUCCUGGAACCCCUUUGUUUCCUUCACUGGAAAUGGAAUCACCGAAAACCGUCGCGAACCGGAAUGGAACUCAGAAGGCUCAGCCCGGUGCAUUAAGAUCUAGAGUAAUGUUAUCAAGUAGCGCUCAACCAGAGGCUACUGGUAGGAACGGUUUGUCGUCAAGACCACGAGCCGCAUCCCCUGCACCAAGUACUGGACCCCGUAGACCAUCUUCUUCUGGAGCCGCAGGGACAGGUUCAGGUUCAAGGCCUUCUACGCCAACCGGUAGGCCGGUUUCAGGUACUCAAGCUAGAACCAUAUCAAACGCGGUUACCAAAAACAACCGGACUUCAACUACAUCUGUUCGACCGAGAUCUUCGACACCCAUAUCACGUCCCGUUAAUUCUUCAUCUAAACCGACUCCUCCGGCUAGGUCCACUGCAAGAUCAUCGACCCCAACAAGCAGACCGUCUUUAUCAUUAUCAACAACCAAACGGACACCACAACGGCCAGCCGUAUCGUCUAAUGUUACAAAAACAUCUACUGUCACAAGUUCAGCUAGUUCUCCCAGUGCAAGACCGAGACCUUGGAAGCCACAAGAAAUGCCGGGCUAUACCCUCGACACACCGCCUAAUUUACGAACCUCACUUUCCGAUAGACCGAUUUCCUCCAUAAGGGGCCGGGCUGGUGCACCGAGUAGUCGGUCUUCAUCCAUCGAGCCUGUGCCCAAUGGAAGGGUACGAAGGCAGUCGUGUUCACCUUCAAGGGGUCGGCUUCCUACCGGUGUGACCCGUAAGAGUGGCAGCUCAGUACCGAUUCCUGCAUUGAACCGUGCGUACGCUAAAGCUAACGAUAACGUGAGCCCGGGGAUGUACGGGACAAAAAUGGUUGAACGGGUUGUUAAUAUGCGAAAGCUGGCCCCACCAAAGCAAGACGAUAAACAUGAAAAACACUCACCGCACAGUAAUUUAUCCGCGAAAUCAUCGUCUCCUGAUACCUUGGGUUUUGGAAGAUCACUCUCAAAGAAAUCACUAGAUAUGGCUAUGAGGCAUAUGGAUAUAAGGCGGACACUGCCGGGUAAUCUACGGCCACUGAUGACGAAAAUUCCGGCUUCGUCUAUGUACAGUGUGAGAUCUGGGCCGACACGAAACCGAAUGAUUAAUGGUACUGGUUCCCCUGUUGCAACUAGCAGCAAUGCAAGCUCUGAAAUGAGUAUCAACAACCAUCAAAUCGAUGAAGUUUUAGACGAUGAGAGUAACAGUGAAAAGGGUGUUCGUUCGCCUGCUAGCUUUAACGGCAGGUGACGGUUGUUAUCGUUAUGUGCAUAGUUUUUUUGUUUGAAUUACUUAUAUGUGUGUGUGCAUCUUCGUAAUUGAAUUAUACUUGCUUGUUUUGAUCCAAGUUAAGUGAGUUAUAAUUAUACCAAGUUCAUGAA